AUGGGCGGACGGCUCUGCUGUCACACAAUGACAGCAUGUGCAGUACUCGGUGUCUACCAACAUGUCCACGCGCAGGUUGGUGGUUGCUCCGUCCAAGAGGGCCCACAGCAUGGCGAGCUCGGAAACUGCCCACAGGCACUGUCUUCAGGCUCAUCUUGUUUGCCAGCCUGCGAAGAGGGUUAUGUACUGGAUGGCCCAGUCAGCUGCGAUGCAGGUCAACUGCGCAUGCCCUCUUGCGUGCCAAGCGGAUGCAACGUGUCCGAGGCUUUGGACUUACUCGACCUGGAGAUGGGAGACUGUCCAGAGAUAUUGGAGUCAGGUGAGACUUGCGAACUGCAGUGUCCCGACGAGCAGGAACUCAGUGACAAUGUCACCUGCUACCUGGGCAAUCUCAGUGACUUCGUUUGCAUACCUGCUGGAGGGUGGCCAUGUCCGGCCGGGCAUCAGGUCAGCACCGAUUCGCCGGCUACAUGCGUGCCAUGUCCACUCUCGACAUACAAAUCGGGUCAAGGCCCGUGGCCAUGUGCGAGAUGUCCUCCAGGGUCUCAAACGAACGGGACUGGCAGGACGUCUGCCGAAGCCUGCAUGUGUCAUGACACGUACUACGAGCUGCGGGAUGCAAGCAACAAGUUGCUGUCAUGCAUUCCUUGCCCCAACAAUUCCAGCGUUGUCGGUUUCCACAGACACCGGCACGAGGACUGCAAAUGCUGGCAUGGAUUUGUGAGAGAGCCAGCUUCAGAGGACGAGCGAUUGCAGUACUGUCGACCGGCAGAACCCUGCAACGUGAGUGACCUUCUAUCAAAUCUCACAGGACCAGAAGCCUACAAGCUCAAAAUGGGCAGCUGCGAAGCGACAGCAAACGCCUCUUUGCUCCCAGACGGCCUAACUUGCAGUUUGGCUUGCAAUGCGGGCUUCGGUGCCCAGCUUGGAUCCGACAUCUUCCGCGCCGUGGACUUGACUUUGGCAUGUGAGGAUGGUACCUUGGUGCGAAGGCCGCCCGAAGGCUACCUGUGGUGCUCGGAAGCUUCGUGGGAGCUUCCUCCUCUGGUGUUUUUAGGCAUCGCAACAGCAGCGACUGCACUGGGUGGUGCAGCGAUCGAGCUGCGCCAGCAUCGUCUUGAAAGACGGUACGCCCAGGCGCUGAAACCUCGACCUGUACCGCGACCGAAGCGGGCUUCCUCGGGCGCCUCAAAUGACCAAUCCACGGUGAGCUUUUGA